GUUUGUUCAAUAUAUAUAAUAUGCCGCACACGUGUUUAAUAAUGGAGGCUGGAGCAGUGGAGUUGUAAAAUAUAUUUUCAUUUUAUUAUUUAUAAAUAGUUAAAAAAUAAAGAAAUCUAUAGGAAUUAGUGCAGGUGUUUUUUUAAUAUUUUGAUAUAAUCUUAUUUACUUUUUAAAAGUAUAUCCAUGUCAAAUUGUGUAUUAAAUUUAAAUUCAAACUGUCUAUUUUUAUACAGUUGUAUAUAAUAUAAAAUUAAUACAAAGUUUUAUAUUUUAAGUUUAGACAAAGCAAAUAUGAUAUUAACCUAGAGAAGGCUGGAACUAAUGCUAAUGAAAGGCUGCAUAGCAUGGCCUUGGGUCAGGUAAAUAAUCUAUUAUAAUAAUAUAUUAAAGGUGAUCUACAGUCCGUAAUGUAAACAAAGCCUUUGUUUACAUUUUUGUGUCCAAAAUAUUGAGCUUUAUUCGAUAACUAUUUUUAUUUUCAAGCUUCUACAGUAUAAUAAAUGAUCAAGAAACAACAAUCAGGCUUUUCAAGAACUCAAAACAUAGUUAAAUUGUUUGCAUCAUAAAAAGUGGACUCAUUUGUGCACGUGCGCAGAUCGGACUGUAGAUCACCUUUAAAUAUUUUAAUCAUAAAGCUAUAGGCAAGUAUGGAUGCAGCAUGUAAAAGAUUAAAAACAAGUACGAUAUGGGGUUUCGUCCAACAACUUUAUUGCUUUUAAAAUAUUUAUAAAUAUGUAAACAUACAUUUGAAAAAAUUGGCAAAGGCGCGAACAGGACUGAAGUACCCAUGCGAGGUGCCUUCCCAAACAAAACUUUAAAAGUAACAUCGACCAACAUUAGACUAUAUAUUAAUAAAUUAUGUGUAAAGCCAAUUCUCAAUGACAAGGUCAGUCAUGGGGUAUGUUGCUGGUGAUGUUAAUAAACUUGGCAUCCGUUGUUGUAAUCUCUUAAUAACACCCUAACAUUUGCCCUAACCCUCACAACAAACACCCAUGAGUUAAUCAAAAUGGGUCAAAUGUGGGGAUACAGAUGUGGGCUAUUAUAAAACAACAUUACAAACCAUCCUUAAUUAAAUCCUGGCUGGUCCUUAAUUAAUCCAUUGAGCGCAAGAACUCUCCCCUCAAGUGAUGAGUUUAAUUGUCUGGCAUUAGCCAUUAGACAGAGUAAAAUAAUAAAAUAGGGCAAUAUACUUUAUACACUUAAUUAUAGUGUCUACUCCCAAGGGAAAUAGUUAAUUUUGUGUUCCGAGAGUGUCAGUGUUUUGCAAGAUAAAGUUGAGGGAAAUAUUGAGAUUCAAGGGGAAACAAAACUAUUUCCCGAGGGAACAGGCAUCAAGUGUUUGUGGUGUUACUCUGAGUGUGCAUCCAUACCGGGCAAGCUGAAAAGUUUGCCUGACCAUGGUGUGAAUUGAACCUGAGACCAUUUGGAUACUAGUCCAACGACGGUAAGGCAAACUUUUCAGCUUACCCGGUGUGGAGUAACAUCACAAACAUCAUAUUCACUUGAAUACAUAACAUCAACACACACAAAAAGGCAUUAAGCAGUGUUGUAACGAGUCACCUACAGGUCAAGUCACGAGUCGAGUCGAGUCACGAGUCGAGUCAUUUCAGUUUUUGAUCGAGUUGAGUCAGUGGCUUCACUCGAGUCGAGUCAGCGACUUCAUUCGAGUCAAGUCGAGUCACUGAUUUAAGUCAAGUCGAGUCAAUUUCUAGACUUGACUUGAGCUACCCUAGCUUGCAGUCAGAAAUUAGUAAUCAAAUUUGUGUUUUAAACUAAUUACUUUAGUCAUUUAAUAAUGUUCAGUAUGUGGGCAGCUAUGCCUAUAGGCUGUGCCAAUAUCACAGUUCCAGUCAAUAUUAAGUACAACCACAUGAGAUGUCUCAUCAUGCCUGUUGAUCGAGUGCAUACGUACAUACAGUACAACUAGCAAAACUUGCAACUGGAGUCAGAAUUAACAAAGAAACAAAGAAUAGACUUUAAUUAACAACGCUUUGUAAGUUAAUUUCAAAUUAUAUAGCCCUUCAUAAAUACCAAAAAUGAAAAUAGCCUGUCAGAAUUAGUAUAAGUACAAAAAAUUUUGAGACUCAAUUUUAAAAACUGUGGCACUAGCGUUGUUUCUAAAAACAGAAAUGUAAUAUAGGUAUGCCCGUCAGGAAUAUAUUCUAUGCAAAUCCCAUAUAUUUUCUGAUAAAGUUUCAAAGUUCUCAUUGUUUACAGGGUUCAUUGUUCUUCCCAAGCAAUGCAAUCACAAUAAUUGUGAUGAAUUUACUGUGUACAGGUUGUAGCUGAGUUGACUCGAGUCAUUUACGGCAAAAUCAGCAAGUCGAGUCCGAGUCGAGUCAUUUGGGGCUAUUGACUCGAGUCAUUUUUUGUAUUGGACUCGAGUCGAGUCGCUGAAAAUAGCGACUCAAGUUGACUCGAGUCAGAGUCAAUGACUCGACUCAUUACAGCACUGGCAUUAAGUGUUUUGUUAUAUGGCGACAAAAGAAAAAUCAACAACAUUCAUACAAUUGUAUUUCUUGACAAUGACUCUAUAAUGUAAAUAAUGAGUUUAAAAUUAAAAGAACCUACUCAUGCAAAUGGUUUCAGCAGCAUAACCUGUUGUCUGUCUGUAUAUUUUAGAUUCUUUAUUUUACACAAACUUGGAAAAUCAUAGUUGCAAGUUGUGGAUGGAUGCAUUCAGAGUAACAUCACAAAACAUCAUAUUCACCUGAGUACAUAACACCAACACACACAGACACAUAUAAUAUGUACAUAGCUGGUCAUGGCGGGCAACAUAUAUUUUUUCACUUGUUGCCUAGUGGGAUACAUUGCAUAUCUCUAAAGUUGUGUGAUCACAAAUCAGCCAAUCAUGUUUGACAUUCAGUCUAGCUAUAUAACAAUACUGUUUAUUCACUUUUCCCCCAAUGGCCUCAUUUCCAUGUUGCCUCAUUUAGCAUGGCAGGUGCAUGGACAUGAAGGUUAUAACGAUUUCGGAUUAACUCCAUGUUUUCUUCAAGAAUUUGCUCUUGAUCUUGAAUCCAAUCCACAAGCCUAUUCUUAACCCUAUUUUGCACAAAACAUGAGAAAAUAGCCACAUGAAAAGAAGACCAUUGGGGCAAGAGUGAAUAAACAGUACAGUCUAUCAAGUCCAUUUGGACUUUUUGACAACCAUCUUUCUCUACUUUAUUUAAAUAAUUUAAUGACUUAUUGAAAUAAAAUAACAUAUUUUUACACUAUUAAAAAUUGCUUUAUAUGUGUGGUAGAUAGUUAUAUAUUUGCAAUCACAUCAAUGAUGUAUUGUAAAAUAUCCUGGUAUUACACAGAGUAAAGUGGUCAAGAUUAAGUAGGGCCGGCUCAUUGAGGUUGUGAACUUAAUUUAAUCAACCUGAAAUACAGUAGUCGAGCCUAGAGAUAUCUUGUUCUAAAAGGCAAGGUAAUGAUUGACAAAAUUUGGAGUUACUUCAGAUAAUUAACUGCCUCUAUUAGAAAUCAUCUUUGUCUGAGAAAAUGUGAUUUAAAAAUGUUACUGGUUAUUCAGUGAUUCUUGUAUAUCAUUACGUACGUAAAAAACGUGUUUUUAUGUACACAAAUCAAGUACAAAAAAGGAGAAUUCUUUUAUAUUUCAAAUGUAUAUUAACUGGAAUUUUUAUUUUAGCAAGUCCAGCUUAGAGCAAUAGAGGGCAAAUUAAUAUUCUUUCGCUAUCUUUACCAUAGCUGCAUGCAAAUAUAGAUGAACAAUAUAAUUAUGUAAUAUACUUGAUGAUCUAUUAAAUAUUCAGCCGGCGCUGCGGUCUCUGAAUUAGUAUCUAAUACAUUCCAAUUUGUAGAGUGGCUAGACCUUGCUUCGUAGGCGACUGUAUUAUCUUUUCAUCAUCUUAUCAUACUAGGUAGCUUCUCUGAUAUAAAAUAAGUCUUUAAGUUUGAUGAAAUAUUAUUCAAAUCUGUUGCAACGCUUUCGUGCCGCUUGCAAUCUUCUCAGCGGAUGACGACACUUAAUUACCACGUAUAUGUAUGCAAAUUCGUUUCGAUAAUUAUAUAUAUAUAUACAUCAUUGCUUCACUUUGCUUUCAGAAUAGAGGAAAAAUAGGUUUAGAAUAAAAAUCUGUAUUGUUCAGUACAGGUGUACUUAAUAACGUGUAGACAAGGCGUAAUAUUAAUGUAUGUAUAUAGUAUGGCUAUGCAAUCAUAUGGAAACCGCUUGUUAAAUGAAUCUUGUUUUCUUCUUAGGAGUGCUUUAAGAUAUAGAACUAUACGAUGCAUUGCUAGAAACGAGUAUCCAUCUCCACACGCGAAUCAAGUUGUGAAGUUGCUCGAGGAUUACAAGUUUGGAUCAAAACACAUAAGCCUGGACGGGCAUGACUUGAGUAUUAGCGAUAUUCAUAGUUUGUUCACUGGCAAGUUUCAUUCAGCUAGUCUUACUGAUCAAGCUUGGGAAGCAAUUAAAAACAGUCAUGAGUAUCUAGAUCAGAAAAUGUCUGAGGGAAUAUGUGUCUACGGUAUAAACACGGGUUUUGGUGGCAGUGCUAACGUUCGGUAUCAGAAAGAUGUUGCUGUAAAUGCAACGUUGAUUACUCAUUUAAAUGCUGGUUUUGGUCAGCGGCUUCCCCUAGCUUUAGUUAAAGCUACAAUGUUAGCCCGAGCUAAUAGUAUUUCACUUGGUUACUCUGGUGUCCACAGUAAUGUUGUUGAGCUGUUAGUUGAGUUGCUAAAUAAUAAUAUCGUACCGUAUGUUCCUAAGCGAGGGUCAAUCAGUGCCAGUGGUGAUCUCAUGCCUACAUCUUAUAUUGCUGCCUGCCUUGAAGGAAGACCUAAUUGUAAGGUGAAUGCUAACGGGAUUGACACAAUUGCUCCUGUGGCUCUGAAAGAAGCGGGACUUUCUCCUGUUGUGUUUACUGGCAAAGAUGCUUUAGGUGUUAUAAAUGCCUCGUCAUUUGCAGCCGUUCUUGCUGCAGAAAUAUUGUAUAAAGGCAAUAUAGCUAUCUUGUUAACCCAAGCAGUUGUAGCUCUGACCGUUGAAGCAUUACAAGGUCGUUUAGAAUCAUUUCAUCCUCUGAUACAUCAAAAAUGUCUGCCACAUGUUGGACAGCAAGAAGUUGCUUCUAAUAUCUUGAACUUUCUUCAAGGUACAAAGAUGGCGAUCUCGCAACCCGAGAUUGAAAGAGGCUUAUGUGAAGGCGAAUUGCGUCAAGAUCGUUAUGGUCUGCGGACUUCUCCUCAAUGGCUAGGUCCCGUGUUAGAAACGGCAAUGGAAUCUAUAAGAAGAGUAAACAUAGAACUAAAUAGUGCUAAUGAUAAUCCAAUUAUAGAUUGUAAAGAUGAUGAAAUUUUGCAUUGUGGUAAUUUUCAAGGUACUUCGACUACGGUUGCUAUGGAUCAAUUUCGACAAAGUUUGCAACUUUGUGGAAAACUUCUCUUUGGUUUGAUGUCGGAAAUAAUAGACUGUAACAUGAACAAUGGACUGACUCCUAAUUUAUGUGGUGGCAAUCCUAACGUUGAUAUGGGUUUCAAGGGAACUGAGGUUGCCAUGGCAUCAUAUACAUCCGAAUUAGAUUUCCUUAACAGUCCAGUUUCUAAUCAUGUUCUUAAUGCAGAGAUCAGAAACCAAACCGUCAACUCGCUCGCUUUGAUUUCAGCACGCAUGUCUGAAGAUGCUCUUGAAAUUUUUCAAAUGCAACUCACCAAUAUAUUGCGGGCUUUGGUACAAGCUGUGGAACUACGUUGGGUUAAGACGCGAGUGGAGUCGACAAUUUCCGAGUUAUUACCGAAUGGUAGCACGUGCGUGAGUCAAGCUGUGUUAUUCAAACUUGUUCCAUGGUAUAAGUUCUUCAGUUGUCCACAAGAUGCCAUUAAUCAAGUGACUAACGAAGUUCCUGGCUCUGAUGUUGUUACUUUAAAGAGUCCUGGCUUUCUUGAGACGAUAGAGAGAGAAAUGGACACCUUAAGAGAUGGUUUGAAGUCUGGUGAAUUGGUGCAGCAUAUUGCGCAAGAUAUGGGGCAAGGUAAGAUGUAACCAAGCCUUGACACUACAACAUUAUACCUAAGAUGGAUCCCUGUGAGAUCCAGUUGUGAUGUUUGGAUUGGAGCGGAUGUUUUGUGAUAUACCUUUUGAUAAAUGAAAUUUUAGUUAACUUUUCUUAUUACCUUAGGGGCCGGUCAUUAUUUAUGCCCAACCUUAAAAUGCCCGCGCCGGACCAAAAACGACACAAACGAAUUCCAUUCAGUUGUCGAACAUGUCCUUUACCACUUCUGUGACAUGAGUUCGGUAACUGCGUGUGAAAGUUUUUGUAGUCUAAAAUUUCAUGUUAUCUGCACAGUCAUGUACUUUCUUAUUCGCCUCGUGGCAAAUCGGAAAACGGUCAAGAUUGUGACUCUGGUUGAUUUACAUUAUACAAUUACUUUAUGGUUUCCGUGUUUGGAUGGCCUGAUCCAAACACGCGGGAAUGUUGCGAGACUUAAGAAAAGCGCGCGAAACACGAGCCGAAGGCGAGUGAUUUUGCGCGCUUUUCUUAACUCGAGCAACAUUCCCAAAUGUUUGGAUCAGGCCAUCCAAACACGGAAACCAUAAAGUAAUUGUUUUAUAAAAUAAUAACAACACGAUAGUCUUCCGUGUUUGGAUGGCCUGAUCCAAACACGGGUUUCGACCAAUCAGAGUACGCGUUAUAUACAUGUUAUUUUAUAAAUUGUAUUGACAUAUGACUGUUGACAUUGCCUUCUAGUUUUCAAUAUUUGAAUGAGACAUGCUUUGGAAUUGAUCUUUUUAUUACCCAGCCCUUGAAUGGUUUUGUUUUUCGUUUAAACCCAACUUUUCUUCGGUGCCACCCACCCGAGCAGUUGCGAAAAUGCAAUUUAAAAAAAAUGCAGGUCCGCAAGUUCGAUUCCUACCAGACAGAGCCUGAAAUAAUUUUUAAAUUUGUCCGGCAAAACUUCCAAGCAAAAUGAAAUUUGACCGGAAAUUUUCAAAUUUGGUCGGAAAUUUUUUAGUUUAGUUUGAUCCCCUCCGUUGAGUAAAUUAUGUCAAGCAUGCAGUAAAUCACUCUACUUGUAAUAAACAGCCUAUUUAACUGUCCUGAUGAAGGGCCUUUGCUCGAAACGUCGAGGAAACGCAUUCUUUAUCUUCCAGGUCGUCAAAUUAACAACAAUGAAAGCAACCACUCUGACUCGUAACUCAUGCACUGUCACACAUUUAAGUUAACUAAACUUUGUUUAAAGCAUACUCUGAUCGAAGAAACUUUGAUAACAUUCCAGUUGAUUACUCUAUAGAAGACUAGUAUAGAUAAUCUAAGACUAUAGAUACUGCACGAGUUCACUGUGCUGAGCGCCGACCUGAUAAUUUAAAAAAAACAGAUUAUCUUUUUUUUCAACAUUUGUCCGGACGAAAUUUCCGAUCAUUUCAGCAUUUGGACGGAAAAACUGGAAUUUGGUCGGAAAACCGUCGACCGCCGGCCGUUAUUUCAGGCUCUGCCAGAGGGCCUAUAGUUGCAUUUGCAACUGCUGCCGGUAACUAGGUCUAAUAAAUGUAUGAAAUUUACACUCGAAAUUUCCAUCUACAAAACAUAUUAUCAUUACCCUCAGGGCUGAUGUUAUUUAUAUUUUAAAUUUUGUGCCGCCAUUAUCUCAUAUCAUUACCGGAGAACUAUUUUGCACACUAAGUGUUAAAAUGAAUAAAUAUACAUUUAUCGUUAGUCACAUUUCUGUACGAUCGUCUCCUAUAACGUUAUUGAGGAGACGCCGCAUAUACAGUACUGCCAAGAAAUAACUUGUCCCCGCGUCUGCCCGCGUCCUGCCUCCAGAGCGCCCGCGUCUUGCGUCCACUCUGCCCGCGUCCUGCCUCCAGAGCGCCCGCGUCCGGCCUCCACGACGCCCGCGUCUUGCGUCUGCACUGCCCGCGUCCUGCCUCCAAAGCGCCCGCGUCCGGCCUCUAGUUAAAAACUGCGUCCGCUUGGACGCAGUCGUCGUAACAUAAUCGGAAAAACGAACUAAUAUUUGCAUCAUACUCGUAGUUUGUCGUGAGAAUACAGAUCAAUGUCACUGAUCGGAGAAGCAAAGAAUAAAAAGUUGAAUCCGAAAUCGAGUUUCAUUUAACCUAAGCGUUACACUUAGUAUAACCAUUUUAUAAUGUUAUACGUUAUACUACAGUAAGCGUAGUGCUUUCACAAUGCAAUCACACGUACUUGAGUGGCGAUUGAAGCGUAUAUGACUGUAUAUUGGAGCGUAAAAUAGACAUAAACUAUAUAUAAAUAUAAUGUAGCCACAUAUACUAAACUCAGUGAGAUCACGGCUACAACGAGUAUAUAUCUCGCAACACAUUCAUUUGCUACUCAAAUUCAGACUUACCUCGUAGAAGAUUGCCGAUUAGUUGAUAUGCAAUUCUGUAUUCUCCGUAACUCGUCAGUAUAUUAAAACGAAGAUGCUCAUUUACAAUAUAUAUACAGUGCUUUUGAUUUUUCAUAUAAAAUACCAUUACUACGAGCCACUAUAUAAUUUUAUUUACAGCAACAAGUUUGUGUUGUUUUUCCAAAUGCACAUGGUGAUAUGUCAUAUAAAUUGCCAAUUACCAUAUAAUAGUAGUACUGUAAGGAACCGAAAAUGAUGUCGAAUUAUUAUUCGCUAUUUAAUCCUUGGAGGAAUUGAUUAUUAAUUUUUAGUUGAAGUUAUUCCUUCAUUUCUUCAUUUGUAAUUUGUAUAUGGUGAUUACAUACUCUACCAGUGACGAAACUAGCCAUGGUAACUGGUCAUGCUAUGCUAAUAAACCUGCAUCGAAAUAGGUUAAAAACAAUACAUUUCUAAAGUUUUGAAUAAUGCAAAUCAUUGAACAUUUGCAUAGCGCGAACUGUUGCUAUGCACUGUUCUCUACAAUUAAAUCAAUCUUAUAUAAUCAAUUUAAUAAUAUAUUUUAUAUUUAAGUGCCGGACAAGCUGUGUGUAUGGUAAUGUGUAUUAUAUACAUUUCUGAUUCAAUAUUUUGUUCAGGUACCAAGCUGCUUUACCUAUUUGUGCGAGAGACACUGAGUAUUCGUUUCAAUGAUGGUGAAGAAACAUUGGAUACCAGCUUACAGUCUAUAUACGAUGCUACGAAAGAUGGUCGUCUGGAUGACAUAGUACUAGCACUGGCAUAUCUUACUAAAGACUAUUUAAUUGAACAGGAGAGUGUCAUGUGAUUUAAUCUAAUGUUUUCACGUUGACUCAAGUUAGCAUUUUAACACUAUAUUUACAAAUGUAUUUAAUUUUAGAAACGUUAUAUGUAGUUAUAUCCACCUUGUAUGUAGAUGGUAAAAGUGUUGCCUAAAGAUGGGGCUAAAUCUGUUCGGCGGAUGUGCGGUUUGUUUAAAUUCUGAGCGCACUAUAUUCAUAAAAUAUGAUGUACUGUACUUAGUUAAUAUCUAACAUCGUUCUGGUUCGCUAUGCUUUUAUUUUAAAUGAAUAUAGAUUAGAGUUUCAAUUUAGAAGAUGCCGAAACAACGCGAAAUUUGGAUAUUCUUUGCAUCAGAGGGCCCUCACAUAGCACAUGCGCAGAACAGCCUUGACCCAGUCUUUAAUUAAGAGGUUGAAAAUGUUUUUAAUCAUAAGCGUUUCUGAACAGCAGAUUGAGGUGAACGAAGAAAUGUUGACAAUUGAAGCAAAAGAGAACUGAAGUUUAUCUCUCAAGUUUAUUUAUUUUCCACUAAAUACAGUACAAUUCUAGUACAUAUAAUGAGAAUAAUUAUUAACAUUAUUUUAUCACACUGAUAACUGUCAGUUGACCAUCAUAGCUGCUGCACGUUUGUGUUGUAUGUAAAGUUGAAGAAAUGGAAAAUUGCUGUAAUCUGCAACAAAAGUUGGUUAUUUUCAACCUAUGGUUUCAACGCAUAUUAGUUCACAUUGUGCACGCAUUCUUGAAACUUAUUCGAGAACAAAUUGGAUGAUAAACCCGUGUUUAAAUGAGCUUUUGUUGAAAGUUACAGCAAUUUCGUCUUUACUUGAAACUAUUUAUUGGAAAAUCUCAUUCUAAUAUAAGAUCAUCAUUCCUCGACUCAAGCUGUUUUAGGCUGGAAUU